CUCUCUCUCUCUCUACCAUCUCCAGUCAUCCUCCCUCUCUUUCUCUCUCUAUAACAUUGCCAUCUCUUUUCCUCCUCCCCUAUUUUUCUUCUCUUCCUUGAUCAUUCUCAUCUGCUUAUUUCCUUUUCCAUAAAAUGCCUCUCUUUAUUUGUGUCUUCCAUGGCUCUUUUUUUAUUUCUAUAGAUAGGCACAGCUGAAGGGAUUCUAGCCAUUCUCUCAGUAUCCUUUCAUGCUGCCUUCACUCAUUCGCACCACAAAAUCUUCUGUCACUUCUCUCACGGGGGAGAAUUGUCUUUUUUUUUUUUUUUUCUUCUUCUUCUUAUUCCUUCACUCAGCCGAAGAUUCUGACUGCAGCUUGUGUUUUAUUCCAGAACCCCACCAUCCACGUAUUAGAACGGAUUUUCUAUUCUAAACUGGAAUCAUGUUCUAUUUCCAGCUGGUGAUCAUGGCAGGAACGGUUCUCCUGGCAUACUACUUUGAGUAUACGGACACAUUCCCGGUGCACGUUCAAGGAUUCUUCUGCUUCGAUAAAUCCUUCUCCAAGCCGUAUCCAGGACCUGAAGAUGACAGCAAAGCUCCCCCGGUGCUGGUGUAUUCGCUGGUCACCGCCAUCCCCACUGUCACCAUACUGCUGGGGGAGCUCGCAUCCUUCUUCACUAAACCUGAGGGCACACAGGAGAAGACGAUUGUUACGGCUGACUGCUGCUAUUUCAACCCUCUGCUGAGACGCAUCGUCCGCUUCCUUGGUGUGUAUUCUUUUGGCCUCUUUACCACCACCAUCUUUGCCAAUGCAGGGCAGGUAGUGACAGGAAACCAGACACCUCACUUCCUGUCUACAUGCCGCCCAAACUACACAGCACUGGGCUGCCAUUCACCACUGCAGUACAUCACAGAGCGCCGAGCGUGCACCGGCAACCCUUAUCUCAUCAUCUCUGCCCGCAAAUCUUUCCCCUCGAAGGACGCAGCGCUGAGUAUGUACUCCGCUGUCUAUACGGUGAUGUAUGUAACUCUGGUAUGGAAGACUAAAGGCACAAGGCUGACCAAACCCACUCUCUGUCUGACUCUCAUCUCAUUGGCUGUUCUGGUGGGCAUCGUGCGUGUAGCCGAGUACCGCAACCACUGGUCUGAUGUUCUCGCUGGAUAUCUCACUGGAGGAGCUAUCGCUGCUUUUCUGGUCACAUGUGUGAUCAAUAACUUCAAGCAGACCCAGCCUUAUCUGCCACCCUUACGGCUCCCUGUGCACCCUCCGCGCCCGGAGCCCUCGCUCAACAUGCCCAUGGUGGCCAUGCCCUGCGUAGAGAGUCCACUCGAAAAGUUCCAGGGGUUUUGUACACAGGCAUCACAUGACCAUCAGCCAUACCUGGCCCCCGCCCCUCCCGAUGUCCUCAUCCACUCACGUCGCUCCAUCUCCAGCGCAGUCUAGACAUGCCUUCAGAAUAUUCUACCUGCGCCCGCCCUAGACCCUCUCUCACAAGAUCAUACUCCACUCAGGUCUAGAGGCUCCUGUACUCACCUCUACUGCCCCCUACCGGCUGACAGAGACAACGACAGCAAUAUCCACACAUUUCAAUCGGGAAAUUGUUUUUUAAUGAGAACAUUUCAUGUUUAUCUGAAUCCUUUUGGUUUCUGUCACUUGUCUUUUGGGUGUUUUUUUUUUUAUUUUUUAUUAAAGGAAAGUGUUCCAACUGAUAAUAAUCUUCCACCUCUAUAAUUUUGUAGAGUAUUACCAUUAUUAAUGGCAAAUGUUGACAUUUUAUGUACAUUCUAAAAAGAUUUUCUCAUCUAACAGCCAUACAGAAACUGAAUAUCAACUGUGAAAUUUAAGAUUUAAAUUAACAUUUAUUGACAUUUAAGAGAGAAAAGUGGAAAAGCAAUUCUAUUUUUGGAAAUAUAGAUUGGUUGGAUGUAGCAAUCUAAUAGUAAGCGUAUUUGAAAGAUAUUAAAUAGAUUAUUAGCACUAUUUUUAUGGCUAAGUAUUUCGGUUAAGUAUCCAUGGGGAAAAAAAGUGUUAUUCAGAAAUAACAUGAAUCAAAUAUUAAUCAAAACUAUUGCUGUACAGAGACAGUUUUCAAGACUAUAACAUAUUUAAGUAAAUUUCAACACCAGUAAGCUGGGAUGUAAAGGAGACAAAUAUGUACAGGAUGUAGCAAAUGUUUUAUAUCUUACAUUGUAUAAAAUGUGAAUGUUUUUCCCUUGGAAAUUUCCUGUUAGAAUUAUUGACGUGUUAAGUCAAUUUAGAGAUAUAAUUCAGAACCAAAAAUACAGAGACUAAGGAAUUACCUCAGGUUUCAUCCUAAGGUUAAUGGGCUACAUCUGCCGACUGUCUCUCCAUAAGAGUAUAUCAUGUUUUGUAAAUAACUGUAUUUUUCACAUCAGUUUUGGCAUUUUACAUACAUAUUGCUAUGUUAUCAUUAAACAGCUUUAGUCUGUAGAAUUUAAUGAUCACGUGUUCAAAAGACUUAUGUGAAACACUAAUUUGUGAUUUUAUUUAUUUAUUUUUUUUUUUUUUGAGAGUGAGAGAUUGUGAAACCUGACCACUAAACAGAGGGAAAUAUUCUGUUUAGCUUGUUGUCAAACAUUUUGUCUAUUGAUGUUUUUGGCUAUUUUGUAAGCCAGCAUUUUCUACAUAGUUUGUCCACUGAAGGAAGUGAGAUAAAGCCUCUGUGUGUAACAUGGUGCUUGAAUGUGACUGUUCAGGUAUAGCUCCCCUUUCAUUUUGUAAAAAAAAAAAAAAAGAAGGUUCAAUAUGAAGAUAGAUGAUUCUUGCGAAACAGAUCGCCUGAUUGUUAAUUAAACAUUUAAUUAAAAGGAAAUGGCUGGAACUUUUAAUUGCAGAUUGUCCCCGGCAGUGCUGGGUAACUGAUUACAUUUAAUCUGGGUUACGUAAUCAGAUUCCACAAAUUAAGUAGGCCUACUUGUAAUUAGAUUAUAUUACAUUUUAAAAUACAAUCAUACAGUUACUUUUUGAUAAAUUACAUGAUUACAUAUUAUUCACACGAUGGCAAAAAAAAUAUUCAUAAUUAACUGAUUCUCUCUUUUCAUCUUUUAAAAUUUUCCUUUCUAAAAUAUACUGCUUAUGUACAUUCAGAAGGUCUUCCAGGUUUGUUGAAUUGUCCACACAGACCAGCCGCUAGUCAUGAGCUUGUCACUGAAAACUGAGACCCACACAGCAUUUGAUCACUGGAUUUACAGAAAUCUUUUCACUUUUAAGAAGUAAAAUGAUUUCAGCAUAGCAUACCAUCAAGUACUGAUGAACACAUUAUUGAUUAUCACUUUUUUUUUGUCAGCCCUUAACUUUUUUGGACCUAAUAUAGCCUAUUUACUUGAAGUACCCUCUGAGAUUUUAUGGUAAUAAGUUAAUUAAGUUACCUUAUACAGAGGUAUCUGAAGUCAGGUAAUGGUCACAUGACAUGCAGUUAAACAAAUAAAAUAUUUCAUUUUUUUUAGGUUUUAUUUAGAUUUUUAUUAUUAUUAUUAUUCAUUUAUUUAAUUUAAUGUAACUUUUCCCUGAAAAUGUCCCCAUUUUGCAAUCAA